GAGAGAGGGGGCGGCCCGGGCGGAGCCGCCUUUCCCUUUCCCUUCCCCGGCCGCCGAGCCCGUGCGCUGUGCUGCGGGGGCGGCGAUGGCCGCGCGGGGCAGCGGCGGCGGGCGCCGGGCCGGCAGCGCCGGGAAUGCCUCCUAGAAGUCCAGCGGCCGAGAAAGAGUUGCUGGGUGAAGGCGAGAGAAGCUUGGUUUCGUUCCCGAGGUCCCCGCGGUGCGGUGGAGCCGGGGGCUGCGCUGGUGAGGAGGAGGAGGAGGAGGAGGAGGAAGGUGCCUGCGGGUCCGUGGUACCCAGGGACGGGAACUGGGGGCGGCCUCUGCGCGAUCGCUCUCGUCCUUCCCCGAGUGGUUCGCAGCCAGGACGUGCUGCUGUUCCGGCAGAGCAGCACUGAAGCGUCUUAGGCAACGCUGCUUUGUCGGGAUUCAGAUAACAUGAUGGAAUUCACAUUUUCUCAAGAAAAGCUGCGGAUCUUGGAUCAGUACCGUUGACGAAACCUCCUGAUUGCAACACCCAAAGCAGGGUCCUGUCAGGAAUUUGUCACAAGAAACAUACAAUGGAUCUCAAAGAGAGCUGCCCAAGCGUUAGCAUUCCCAGCUCUGAUGAACACAGAGAGAAGAAAAAGAGAUUUACUGUUUACAAAGUAUUGGUCUCUGUUGGGAGAAAUGAGUGGUUCGUUUUUCGACGGUAUGCAGAGUUCGAUAAACUCUACAACACGCUAAAGAAGCAAUUUCCCACCAUGAACCUGAAGAUUCCAGCUAAAAGAAUAUUUGGUGAUAAUUUUGAUCCUGAUUUUAUUAAACAGAGAAGAGCAGGACUGAAUGAAUUCAUUCAGAAUUUAGUUAGACAGCCAGAGCUAUGCAACCACCCAGAUGUCAGAGCAUUUCUUCAGAUGGAUAAUCCAAAACACCAGUCAGAUCCUUCUGAAGACGAAGAUGAAAGGAGCAGUCGGAAGUUAAACUCUACCUCACAGAAUAUCAACCUGGGACCAUCUGGAAAUCCUCAUGCUAAACCAACAGACUUUGAUUUCCUGAAAGUCAUUGGGAAAGGCAGCUUUGGCAAGGUUCUUCUUGCAAAACGAAAACUGGAUGGGAAAUACUAUGCUGUCAAAGUGUUGCAGAAAAAGAUUGUUCUCAAUAGGAAAGAGCAAAAACAUAUUAUGGCUGAACGUAAUGUGCUUUUGAAAAAUGUGAAACAUCCAUUUUUGGUUGGAUUACAUUACUCAUUCCAAACAACAGAAAAGCUUUACUUUGUCCUGGAUUUUGUUAAUGGAGGAGAGCUGUUCUUUCACUUACAAAGAGAACGUUCCUUUCCUGAGCACAGAGCCAGAUUUUAUGCUGCUGAAAUAGCCAGUGCACUGGGCUACUUACACUCCAUAAAUAUAGUGUACAGGGAUUUAAAACCAGAAAACAUUCUCCUAGAUUCACUAGGUCAUGUUGUCUUGACAGACUUUGGACUUUGUAAAGAAGGGAUUGCAACUUCUGAUACCACUGCAACUUUCUGUGGGACCCCAGAAUAUCUUGCACCAGAAGUCAUUAAAAAGCAGCCCUAUGACAACACAGUAGACUGGUGGUGCCUUGGUGCAGUUCUUUAUGAAAUGCUUUAUGGGCUGCCUCCUUUUUACUGCCGUGAUGUUGCUGAGAUGUACGAUAAUAUCCUUCAUAAACCCCUGGUUUUGCGCCCAGGAAUCAGUCUUACAGCCUGGUCUAUCCUGGAAGAACUUCUGGAGAAAGAUCGGCAAAGCAGACUUGGAGCAAGGGAAGACUUCCUUGAAAUUCAAAAGCACCCGUUCUUCGAAUCUCUCAGCUGGACUGAUCUUCUUCAGAAGAAGAUUCCACCACCAUUUAAUCCUAAUGUGGUUGGACCAGAUGAUAUUGGGAAUUUUGAUGCAGUGUUCACAGAAGAAAUGGUCCCAUACUCAGUCUGUGUUUCUUCUGACUACAACAUUGUUAAUGCCAGUGUCCUAGAGGCAGAUGAUGCAUUUGUUGGAUUUUCUUACGCACCACCUUCUGAAGAUGGGUUUUCCUAGGAACAUGGAAGCGAAGAGUGGUUUGGAAGUCUUGGGUUGAAGUGAAAUGUUAAAGUUAUGGACACAUUCCAAAAUAGCAUAAAUAGUGCCUCGUCUUGUAUAUAGGUUUGAAACCUAUGAACAAACUUUCUCUGCUGUAUAGGAGGAAUUUGGGCAUUUUGGAUGGCUUUCUUUGGGGUUUAAACUGUUUGUUCCUGCUGCAGAAAGUAUUUUUAAAACUUUAAAAAGCAUUCUCUACAUAUUUUUUAAGCAAAAACACUGACUGUUCUCCUCAAUCCCUUCAAGUUUACAUUCAUACCUAUCUAAUUUGGCUGGCAAAUACAGCAGCAAAUUUAGUAAAUUUAUAAAUGCUUUUGUACUUAUUUACAGUGACUUUGUGCUUGAAUUGUAACUAUGCAAAUUGUCUUUUGUAUAUCCUGGUUUAAAAAGAGGUAAAUGUUUUCCCUAUUACAAGUUUGGAAUAUGUGUUAAAUUACCUGUCAGCACUUAAAUUACUUAAGUUAAGGACCAAGAUUCUUAAAGGACUUCUGCAGAAUGAAAACUUGGUCAUAUAAAACUGGAUUGUUGCUCUUGUACUUGCUGAAGUACCCAUUGACUCAACUGGAUUAUUGGAGGUGUGGGGGAUUACUCAAAGCAAGGACAGAACAAAUUAACUGGAUUGAUUUGAUAACAGUACUUACGUGUUCUACUUUUCUUUCUUCCCUGAGCUAAGCAUCUAUAUUUCAACUACAUUAAAAAUAUUUUUGGUUAAAGCUCUGCUUCUCCAAAGAUCUAAUAUGCAAUAAUCAUGGUUACUUUAAAAGUAAGUCAAUUAGCUUUGACAUUUUGGGGGUGGGUGGUAAGAUGAUCAUGCCAAAUAUUAGGGAUUUUUCUCACAGAUUGGUAGUUUAAAACACUCUUAUGUUCCAAAUUGAUUGUAUUUCAGCGCUCAUAGCUACUUUUCUUUGUGUUCUAGUUUCCACCAUUUUUAAAUCUUCACUUAAUAUUGGGGGAAAAAUGUAAAUUACACUGAUAAUUUUAAAAAUGUGAAAAGCUGUUGUAUUUCUCAUAACAUACACGUGUAUGGACAAACAUAAUUUUGAACAAUUUCUGUUUAAGGAAAUUUUUUUAAACAAUGCAAAAAUUGACUGCAGUUACAGUGUAUAAAAGGCAUAUAAUUGUAGUAGUUUUAUUAUAUAUAUUACUUGUAAAUAACAACUUAUUUUUGUCUGUUACUCCAAAAAUGUUCCGUGUUUUUUGUUCAUAAAUGCAUUCAGUUAAAUGCCUUGAUUGGAGAGAAGUCUGGUAAGAUACUGAUACAUCAUAAUGAUACAUAAAUUGAAUGAAUGUUACAUAAAUUUCAGUAUCUAAGUCACCUUGUUUUUGGCAAAAUAAGUAGCAAAAACAAAUACUCUUUAUACCGCAUCAAUAUCUGAUAAGAAUUGGGAACCUAGGGGGAGAGAGUGUGUCAAAUCAUAAUUCUUUUGAAAUAAAUGUUGUAUCAAUA